UCAAGACAAUUGACCGACACAGCUGUGGUAGAAGAAGUCGAAGUCGAAACACCCGGCUGCGUUAGUUUUUUUUUUUAGGGAUUGUCAGAUAAAUCUUCUGUAAUAUUUUUUUUUGCAACAUGGAGGAGUCAAAGAACAAAGAUAAAACCCUACCAGAAAAAACGGACGAGAAGGAUAAACAACCCGCGGGGAAAGAUAAAGAGAAGAAAGAGGAGCAGGAGCUGUCAGAGGAGGACAAGCAGCUGCAGGAGGAGUUGGAACUGAUGGUGGAGAGACUGAGUGAGAAGGAUGCGUCUCUCCAUCGGCCUGCACUCGAGGAGCUGCGUCGCCAGAUCCGUUCCUCCACUACCUCCAUGACCUCGGUGCCCAAACCGCUCAAGUUCCUGAGGCCGCACUACAGUAAACUCAAAGAGAUAUAUGAGGACAUGACCCCUGGAGAGAACAAGCAUUUCUGUGCGGAUGUGGUGUCUGUCCUGGCCAUGACGAUGAGCGGCGAGAGAGAGUGUCUGAAGUACCGCCUGCUCGGCUCACAGGAGGAACUCGCGUCCUGGGGCCACGAAUACGUCAGGCACCUUGCAGGUGAAGUAGCUAAAGAGUGGCAGGAGCUGGAGGAAGGAGACAAGGUGCAGCAGGAGACCCUGUUGAAGCUGGUGAAGGAGAUUGUUCCUUACAACAUGGCGCACAACGCCGAGCACGAGGCCUGCGACCUGCUGAUGGAGAUUGAGCGGCUUGACAUGCUCGACACGUACAUCGACGAGAACGCCUACGCCAAGGUCUGCCUCUACCUCACCAGCUGUGUUAGCUAUGUUCCCGAGCCGGAGAACUCGGCCCUGCUCAAGUGUGCACUCAACAUUUUCCGCAAGUUCAACCGUUACCCAGAAGCCCUCAGGCUGGCACUGAUGCUCAAUGAUGUUGAGCUGGUGGAGAACAUCUUUACUUCAUGCAAAGACAUUGUUGUUCAGAAGGAGAUGGCGUUCAUGCUGGGUCGACACGGCAUGUUCCUGGAGCUGAACGAGGAUGUGGAGGACUACGAGGACCUGACAGAGAUCAUGUCCAACGUGCAGCUCAACAGCAACUUCCUCGCCCUCGCACGUGAGCUGGACAUCAUGGAGCCCAAAGUGCCAGAUGACAUUUACAAAACCCACCUGGAGAACAACAGAUUCUGUGGCAGUGGCUCUCAGGUGGACUCUGCCCGCAUGAACCUCGCCUCCUCGUUUGUAAACGGCUUCGUUAAUGCAGCAUUUGGACAGGACAAACUGCUCACCGAGGAUGGCAACAAGUGGCUGUACAAGAACAAGGACCAUGGAAUGCUGAGUGCUGCUGCAUCUCUGGGUAUGAUCCUGCUGUGGGAUGUGGACGGUGGUCUCACUCAGAUCGACAAAUACCUCUAUUCCUCAGAGGACUACAUAAAGUCUGGGGCUUUGCUUGCAUGCGGUAUCGUCAACUCUGGAGUUCGUAACGAGUGUGACCCUGCUCUUGCCCUCCUCUCUGACUAUGUCCUACACAACAGCAAUGUCAUGAGGAUAGGAGCCAUCUUUGGGCUGGGCCUGGCCUAUGCAGGAUCUAACAGAGAAGAUGUCUUGUCGCUGCUCCUGCCCGUCAUGGGAGACUCGAAGUCUAGCAUGGAGGUGGCAGGUGUGACCGCUCUAGCAUGCGGUAUGAUUGCUGUGGGCUCAUGUAAUGGUGACGUCACCUCCACCAUCCUCCAGACCAUCAUGGAGAAGAGUGAGCAGGAGCUAAAGGACACAUAUGCGCGCUGGCUUCCCCUGGGCCUCGGACUUAACCACCUAGGAAAGGGCGAAGCGAUCGAGACCACUCUGGCAGCAUUACAGGUUGUCCCAGAGCCUUUCCGCAGCUUCGCAAACACACUCGUGGAUAUCUGUGCAUAUGCAGGUUCGGGGAACGUCCUGAAAGUUCAGCAGUUGUUGCACAUUUGUAGUGAGCACUAUGAUACCAAGGACAAAGAUGAUGACAAGGACAAGAAGGACAAAAAAGAUAAGGAGAAGAAAGAAAACGCAGCAGACAUGGGCUCACAUCAGGGCGUGGCCGUGCUGGGUAUUGCACUCAUUGCCAUGGGAGAGGAAAUCGGAUCAGAGAUGGCACUCCGCACAUUUGGUCACCUGCUGCGGUAUGGCGAGCCCACCUUGCGCAGAGCGGUGCCUUUAGCAUUAGCACUCAUCUCAGUGUCCAAUCCCAGACUCAACAUCCUGGACACGCUCAGCAAGUUCUCUCAUGACGCUGACCCCGAGGUCUCGCACAACUCCAUCUUCGCCAUGGGCAUGGUGGGCAGUGGUACCAACAACGCUCGUCUAGCAGCCAUGCUCCGUCAGCUGGCUCAGUAUCACGCCAAGGACCCCAACAACCUGUUCAUGGUCCGACUCGCUCAGGGACUGACACAUCUGGGUAAAGGGACGUUGACGUUGUGUCCGUACCACAGCGACAGGCAGCUCAUGAGUCAGGUGGCAGUGGCUGGACUCCUCACGGUGCUAGUGUCCUUCCUGGAUGUGAAAAACAUUAUUUUGGGAAAGUCCCAUUACGUCCUGUACGGCCUUGUAGCAGCGAUGCAGCCCCGUAUGCUCGUCACAUUCGACGAGGAGCUCCGGCCUCUUCCUGUAUCCGUCCGUGUGGGACAGGCUGUGGAUGUGGUGGGACAGGCAGGCAAGCCCAAAGCCAUCACUGGUUUUCAGACACACACCACGCCUGUGCUGCUGGCGCAUGGAGAGAGAGCUGAGCUGGCCACAGAAGAGUACAUCCCGGUCACGCCCAUCCUCGAGGGCUUCGUUAUCCUGCGCAAAAACCCCAACUACGACGCCUAAACACACACACGCACACACACACGCACAGAGCGUCACUCACACUUGUAUUCGGGACCUCGACUGCGCCAUGUUCUGAUCCACGAUGGAUGGCUUUAUCAAAACAGCACAGGUUUCUUUCUAUUCCUUUCUUGUUUGUUAGGUUUUUUUUUUUUAAUACAUCAUAAACCUGUUCAGCUCUGGUUAAUUAUUUCUACUGGUUAAAAUCAGUUCUGGUUCAUUAUCUUUCUUUCUGCAUUUUGUUGGUUUUGUUGUUUUAUUGUUAUGAUGUGAAAAAUAAAUAAAAGAAUAUGGUCAGUAAA